AUGGAGAGAGAUGUAGCCAGUGCUUCAGUUGCGAGCUCCCCCCUGCGCUCUCUACUGUCGCUACACCUGGAGGAAAACCACCUGAGUCAACUCCCUGCGGCUUCGUUCUCCUCAUUUCCAGCUCUGCAGGAGCUCUUUCUCAGCCAUAACAACUUACACGUGAUAGCACCUGGAGCCUUCACCGGUCUCGACUGCCUUCUGCGUCUGCAUAUCAACAACAAUAGACUCAUCACUGUUGACCCUCGGUGGUUCAGGGCUUUGCCUCGCUUGGAAGUUCUCAUGCUUGGUGGGAAACCCGGUGGAGGCCCUGCCUGAGCGGGCUUUGUGGCCCUGAAAUCCCUCCGCAGUCUUGUCCUUGGUGGUAUGGGCCUUAGAGGCUUGGUUGAAAAAGCACUGGAAGGGUUGGACGGCUUAGAGAGCCUCUCCUUCUACAAUAACCUGCUGACAAAGGUUCCCACUCAGGCCCUGAUGAGAGUACCAGCCUUGAAGUUUCUCGAUCUCAACAAGAACCGCAUCAAACUCAUCGAGACAGGGGCCUUCCGGGACAUGGUCCACCUGAAGGAGCUCGGCCUGAACAACAUGGAGGAGCUGGUGUCCAUUGAGAUAGCCGCCCUGGAAAACCUUCCGGAGUUGACGAAGCUUGAGAUCACCAACAACCCGCGCCUGUCCUACAUUCAUCCUCAAGCUUUCCUCCAGCUCCCUCGGCUAGAGAGUCUAAUGCUCAACUCCAACUCUCUGAGCGCCCUGCACCAGCGCAUCAUGCUCUCCCUGCCGAGUCUUCAGGAGGUCAGCUUACACUCCAACCCGCUGCGCUGUGACUGCCUGUUUCACUGGGCCGCAGAGGAGGCCUCUCGCCCUCACAGUGAAGACGCACCGACACCUCGAAUGGUGCGUUUCAUCCAACCCCAGGCCACGCUGUGCUCUGAGCCCCCGGAGCUGAAGGCUCGCAGGGUACGGGAGGUGUCAUCCAGGGAGAUGUCGGCCUCAUGCCUCCCAAUAAUCCCUCCCAGCUCCCUCCCUUCAUACGUCGGGGUAGAAGGAGGGAAACUGAUCUUGCACUGCAGAGCUCUUGCAGAUCCACAGCCUGAAGUGUACUGGGUGACUCCCUCCGGGCUGAGACUUGGUCCUGCACCGAGCCACGCAGCCAAAGUCUUACCAGCUACCUGCCACAGCCUGCACUCAUCCAGCGUCCCUCCCAACCAACCUCGACAUGAUGCUCCCUGUAAUCCCUCUAAACUCUACCAGCUGUUGCCCGAGGGAACUCUGGAAAUGAACAAGGUCACCUCCAGCGACGCAGGAUUGUAUACGUGCGUAGCUGAAAAUGCACUCGGAGCAGAUACACGCAGCGUUACUGUCGGUGUGCACGGCAGAAAAAACAAAAGAAAGAGUGGAAUCCUCUCCAAUAUGAAGGGAUAUAAGCUAUUCAGCAACGAUGGCGGGUUCGCGGUGAGGGAGGUCGGACAACACUAUGCCAUCCUGUCCUGGCUGAGCGGGCGAAAUCUCCCUUCCACUCGUCUAUCCUGGCAAGCCAUACACUCAAACGCACACACGCCGACAUACAGCACGCGCAUCCUGGCUGGCACUCAGAGCUUCAACCUGACCCACCUGCAGGCGGAGACGCUUCACAGGGUGUGCCUGCAUUUAGGGAGCGGCGAGGAAGCCACGCGUGUCACUAAGCGGUCCGGAGACAGCAGGGCGCCUCAGUGCGUUUCAUUCAGGACGAAGGACGUCCCGGUGCCUCGGCCCGGCCUGCAGCUGAGUCCAGAGCUGACCUCCACGGCAAUCACACUACUGCUGCUCGCCAUCUUACUGCUGCUGCUGGCAGGCCAGGGCCAGGACAAUGAGCACCACGGCACCAUCCCGCAGGAAAUCCAAGGUCCCAAGUCUCUAAUCACCAUCGUCAAUCAAAAGACAGGAGGCACCUUGGCCGAAGCAAAGUGAACAACUGCUUUAACAUCGGGACGGCGGAGAUGAUGAAUCAGAACAACAAACUCACAAAUGUAUACAAAAUGUCAAUUAUAGCCUAAACUUUGAGCUAGAAGAGAGCAGUCAUAGAUGGUGCCGAGAGAUUUGUAUUUAUUUUAUAAAAAAGUAAAAAGUAUAUAUUGACAUUGUUUGUGUGUUAAUAUGUGCUGUAAUGAACGCUUCACUCUAACCAGGAAAAACGAAGGUGGACAAUCACACGCCUGCAGCCCAGUGAGCAAACGCAGGAGCAACAAUGAGUCUGAGGUGCUGAUGACUACUGGACUGAAAUGAAAGACGAUUCAAUCCAGGGACAGAUAUUUGCAGAAGAGAGCGUCAUGUUUUCUGUUUACAUGUUCCACAGAAUGUUCCAGGCAGAUGAAACGUUGUCUGAGUGAAUAAAAUGAUUGUAUUGAUGUAAACCUUUUUGCUUAGCUUUCAGUACCUUGGACUGGAUUGUCCCGUCUUUAAAUACAUUACACCGUUUGCUCAUCCUGAUUCCGCUCCUAACAAGCCCAAUCUUCUCUAAGCAGUGAUCUAAAAGUAAUGGUGUUGAAUUCUUUUUUUGAGCUCUUAUUCAAUAAAGUA